UGGAGUAAUGUGUAGAAAAGAUCUAUGUGCACAUUCUUUUUUCUGUCUUAUAAAAGAGUGAAAAUAGGGCUACUUCUAAAUUCCAAUUAACUUAAUUGAAGAGAGGAGAAAUCAUCGCAACAAAAUUUGUUACCGACGUAAUAUCUGGGAAUAAAAAUGUAUGAGAAUAUUAUCAGCCUAAAUUUCCUUCCACUUAUAUCGAGGGCUUUCAUGAUCCUGAAGCAAUGAAAGCUAUGGAAUACAAAGAGCUCGGAAAAACGGGCUUAUUUGUAAGCAAAUUAUCUUUUGGUUGUGGUCCGCUCGGUUGUCAUUACGGCACGUAUGACGAGACCGACGCUAUCGAAGCCGUACGUCAAGCGAUAAAACAAGGUGUCAAUUAUAUCGAUACAGCACCAUGGUACGGUCAAGGUCGAUCCGAGACAAUACUCGGCAAGGCAUUAAAAGGAAUUCCGCGAGGAGCUUAUUAUAUCGCGACGAAAAUUGGCAGAUAUGAAUUGGACUAUGAUAAUAUGUUCGAUUUUUCUGUCGAGAAAACUAGAAAGAGUUUGAAAAAGAGUUUAGAAUUAUUGGGACUAGAUUAUGUCGAUGUUAUUCAGAUUCACGAUAUUGAAUUUGCGCCCUCGUUAGAUAUAAUCAUCACGCAAACUCUACCGGAACUGUCAAAGCAAGUAGCCGAGGGAAAAGCCAAGUAUAUAGGUCUAACUGGAUAUCCAAUGUCCGUAUUGAAAGAAUGCAUCGAAAAGAGUAACAUAAAUAUAGCUUGUGUCUUGUCUUAUGCGAGACUCACUCUGAUCGACGAUACUUUAUUAGAGUAUAUACCAUUUUUCAAGAAGCAUAAUAUAGGUUUAAUCAAUGCUGCUGCACUUUCUAUGAGUCUUUUAACAAAUAAUGGUCCACCAAACUGGCAUCCAGCUUCUGACGAGACAAAAGAACAAUGUGCUAAUGCUGCACAAUACUGCAAGAAUCAAAAUGUGGAGCUUUCCAAACUAGCAAUAUGGCAUUCUAUGCAAUAUACGAAUGUGGACACCAAUUUGAUUGGAAUACAAAACACAAAGCAAUUACAGAUGAAUCUGGAUGUCUUGCGAAAUAGCAUUACAGAAAAAGAAAAGACACUAUUGCAAGAAAUUCAAGAAAAAUACCUAUCAACAAUAAAAAAUCAACAUUGGGAAGAUAAAGAGAUCCAAAUGUACCAGAAAGCUAUGAAGAAUAACGUGCGAUAAAAAUAUAACUUUUAUUACCAUUGUUUAUAAGUUUAUAUAAUUCAUGAAAUUUAAAUAACACUCAUGAACUUUUUUUAUAAAAAAACAUAC